AUGCCGAGGCACUCUCGUGUCAAGUUGACCUCUGGCAAAUCGUCGUAUGAUCAAAAUGACUUGCAAAUCAACCAGGAUGAACCCCUAAUUACUUUCUUCAACCAUUGUGUACCUCACGAGCCACUAACCGCUGAACUUGUACCCUCUGGCAAUAAAUGCGACCGUUCCCGCCUCUCUAUCGAUUCUGGUUCCCUUACAAUUUCUUUCCAGCGCACAAUCCGUGUGCCCGACACCGGGAAGCCAAACCAACUUCCACCAGGAUUAGGGAGCUUCCCGCUUUACAAUGUUGCCGAAUUUUCUCAUGUCUUGCCACAAGAUAUGGUAGAAAAGGGCGGUUUGUUCUUCGCAAUGUACCAACGGGAAGCAAUGUGGUUGCAGUUCACAAGCAAAAAACCAUUCGCUAUUCGGAUAUACGUCGGUGGUGUCAAUGGCAUCACUGGUGAACCCAUGAUUCCGAACAUGGCUACUCUGCUUAAACGACAGAAUGGGGUCGAGAAAAAGCAGGAUUACAUCAUUGUACCUGAACAGCCAUGGUUAGAUGGUAUCGCAACUGGUCCGGGUAUGGUUAAGCAGUUCGUUGCUGUCCCCUAUGGAUCGGGUUAUUCAAUCGAGCAUCAGAUCACUGGGUCAGAAACAACUGGCGGUAUCCAAUUUGAGGUGAUACCAGUUUACGAAGAUUCGGUGCAUUUUGAGGGAAGGGAUAUCUAUCACACUCCUCGAGAGCUCGGACUCUCCGUCGGCUCUGAAAUGACGAUGACCAACCUCAAGGUGGCUCCAUCUAGGACUUCCGGGGGCAUGCGGAUUCACGUCAAUCUCCCAAGGGGAGAGACAAUCACUGUCUGGACAGACAGUUGUGAUACUAUAGGCAGACUCAUAUCCCGGGUGCUAGUCAAUGAUGGAAUCGAAUACGGCUUAUCAAAGACGAAUUCGUGGCCAUUCCUCGACAGCCGCCGAACACUUUUGGACUACGAUAUUCGAGCUGAAACGACCCUCUAUCUAAUGUAUAACCCAAGAGGAGGGUGGACAGGGCAAGAGACGCCAAUGAUGAGUUUCGGCGCUGGCGGGACGAUUAAGCAGGCCAUAAACGAAGAUCACAAUAACCCACGUAUCUGGGACGUCGGGAGAGCGAAGAUCUUCAACGUGCAAGUUCUCAACUCAGCCCGCUUCGAAGAUAUCACCAAGAUGCUGGCACCUCCAACCCCGGUUGAUGUCAAAACAUAUGCCGCAGCAGGACUUCCCUUUUUCGAUAUCUUCAAUGAAGUGCCAACCGACGUCCAUGGAUCUGCCAGGUUUAAGCAGGUAAAGACUGUCUCUGAGAUGGAUCAGAAGUUGGGUGCGGGGUCAAGCGUCACUUACAAACCAGGCGCGCACGUCCCUCUGCAGAAAUGCAAAUGCCAGAUUAAUAUGUUAGGUUGUGUUAUUCGUCCCUGCAAUCACGCUGUUUGCUCGGUGUGCGCAGCAUACGGCUCCUGUAGUCGGUGCCCAGUUUGCAGGAAAGCAGCGACGAGAAUUGUGGGCAUCGCCGCCCCAAUGGGCGCCCCUGGCAUGGAGUCAAUUCCGAAGCUUCCGGUAGUGUUGUUGGAGAGGCAUCAAGUGGAUGAUGGGAGAGAGGAAUUCGUCAGUAUCGUCCGUGAUGGGGCGAAAUGA